GGCGGCGCUCCUAGCGAAGGCAGGUGCGACAGCUAGCCACAACGGGGGGCUCGUAUCAGUUUCGCUCACCUCUGUUAGGACCGCGCUCAAAGGUUUCUCGGUCAAAGUGCAACGUAAAAACAUUACGCGUAAAAAGCGCACCUACAGCUGGCUGUUCGUUACUAAACAAACUACACUCGUUCGAGUCAGUGUGACUUCUCGAAGCCUCCGGCUCGCUUUUUCGAUUGCAAAGGCGAACUUGAUUUCCAACUCGCGUCUGCCGCUGCACUUUCCGCGUUGUGGAGCUGUCAUUUUGGAAGGGGACGCAGGAAGAGGCUUGAAGGACGCUGACCGCUUUGCUUUGUUUAGAUAACGGAGACUUCCGAGGAGCAGUGUCGGGACAAAGACGCGGACGCAGAGCGGACACGGUUUGGAUGUCGAGAAAUGGAGAGGCGAACUUCAGAGAACGCAGGCGCGAUGUUGUCAUUGCUGACACUUCUGUGGUUUUUCUCAGGUGCGCUGUCCCAGAUUCAAAUGCCCCAGACAUCUGUGGAGGUAAAACAGGGGCAGUUGGCAAUGCUACAGGCAGCCUACACAGGUAGUGACACUGCUAGGGUCACUGUCGUCUGGAACUACCUGUCUGACAAAGCUGAACUGGUCAUUUCGUACACAGGUGGUUCUGUAAACCUUGGCGAUCGGUUUAACACCAGAGUGCGCUUUGCCCAUACAAUGCCCAACAGAAAUGUGUCAAUCUACAUCAACAACACGGUGGAGCCUGAUUCAGGGCGAUACAUGUGCCAGGUCCUUCCUGGUGUCACCGAGACCGUCAAGGAGCUGACGCUUAAUGUUUUGGUGCCCCCUGCUGUGCCUGAGUGUAAACUGCAGGGGAAGCCAGCGCUGGGGGCAAACGUCACACUCACCUGUCACUGCAGUGCUGGUAAACCCACACCCAAGUACAAGUGGUCCAAAACCAGCCCGUCCACAGAGAUCUUCUUCUCUCCCAUGCUUAAUGAGGCUACAGGUAUCCUGAAGUUGAAUAAACUGAGUAGUAACAUGUCGGGGAAGUACGAGUGUUCAGCCUCUAACUCUGUAGGAGAGAGCAAGUGCUACAUCAACCUGGAGGUCAUCACUGCAGCUAACGCUGGGGUGAUAGCUGGUGCCACGGUGGGAGCACUGGUGGGCCUAAUCCUCCUCAUCCUCCUCGUGCUCUUCUUAUGGAAAAGAAGGCGAAACACAGAGGAUGAUCUAGCCAAUGACAUCAAGGAGGAUGCUCAGGCUCCUAAACGCAUCUCCUGGGCAAAGAGCGGCACUGGCUCCGACAUCGUUUCAAAAAACGGCACUCUGUCAUCCGUGAAUUCCAGCUCUCAGCUCCGAGACACCUACAGCCACAACCCCUACCCUUAUCCCCAUGCCCACCCCAUCUACGACACCAGCUCCAUCACCACGGCUACAGGCAGCAUCACAGGCUACCGGCCCCGCCCCAUGGCCAUCUCGGCGACCCCGGAGGACACACUGCCUGGCUACAACACCAACCCCACCCAGCCGCACGGGCCACCCGUGCUGUCCAACUUCAACGGAGGCUCCCUGCCCAGGACUGAAGCAGCCCAGCCGCCUCCAUCACAUCAGCCUCACGUCCCCACGGGCAUCAGCAUUGCCAACAUCUCCCGCAUGGGCGGCGUACCCAUCAUGGUGCCAGCGCAGAAUCAGGCAGGCUCUCUGGUAUAAGGCCGCUCGGGCUGAGCCACUUCUGCUGGACAUCGUGGUGGAAAUGAGAUUAUAGAUUAGAAUUUCAGUUUGACAAAGGAAAGUGACUUUGUCAUCAGCAACAUCUGAUUGCCCCAGUCCUGAGAAAUGCAGUAUGAUGUAACUUAGUUUAAUGUAAUGAUCCUUUUCAUGUUUUUGAAUUGGUUUAAGAACACUUAUUCUGUUAUUUAAUACAUUCACUGUCAAUUUUUAGCAUUUUAUAUACAUACUUUUACAAAGUAAGUGCAAGGCCUGGCCUUGAUGUGAAAUCACUGAAAUGUUGCAACAGAUAAGUUGCAAUUCACUGUUACUUAAAAUAUUAUUGGAGGUUGGUUGGUUUGUUUGUGCUAGGACUAGUGAGUGCUUUAUUGAUGUCAUUAAAAAGAAGAGGUGGUAUAACCUCAUCAGAAAUGUACUCCAGCACAUUAUACACUUUUUCACCUUUAUAUAUUUUUAUCUUAAAUCCACUUGUCACUUGUACAUAAGCAGAAUACAUGGACUGAACUGGAGAGGUUGUUUUCAUAUGCUGAGAAUAUAUAACAUAUAAAGGCAAAUGUAUGUUCUUUGGCCAAAUCCAGAUGGAAAACUGUUGCCAAGUGUAGACUGGCUCUUAGAAAUGUAGCUGUUGUAGUCUUUGUUGUCUUGGGUGUUUGCUGAGAAUGUUAAACUUGGUAUAUAAAAUAAUAAUUCAAGUAUUUUGCUCCUUCUCAUGAAACAAAUAAGAUAGUAGUAAUGAUCUAUAUUGUCUAGAAUAUGAGUUGUACUUGAUAUUCUUCCUGAAAGUAAAUUAGAAUCCUUCUUAUUCUAGGUCACUCACUCUUUUCCCAACUUAGUGAAAUAACUGUCUGAUAUCCGAACAGAAUGUUAAACCAAAGAUACAUUGCAUAGGUCAGUUAAUAUUUCUUUAUGAUCCGGAGUGGUAUAGCAUAUAGCAUGUAGCUUUUCUCAUUCUAUCAUUUCUGGUCACACGAGAACUCUGAAUUGAACUGAAGAUCAGAAACUCCAGGGAUAAAGUGUGGUUGGAUACUGUGUGUUCAAAGUCUUACCAGAUUAAAAGCAGAGGACUAAGAUGUCCCCUUUAUUUCUCCUUUCCCACAGAAUACAGUGUAUUGUCAUUUUCGUUAUUCAAUACCAUAUAUUACUUGUAAGCUCUCCUACAGAAGUGGACCUGGUGCCAGGCUCAACAGUUCUGUCAGUGACCUGGUGGAGUGGGCAAAACCAUUGCCCUUUCACCAAACCAUGUGUACAAGAUGAACAUUCUGGCCUCCCUUGGGCCCAGCUGCACAAAAGCAAGUCCUCUGGAGACAUCUUUAUGCCAGAACACUGUGGCUCUUUUCCUCAUGAGCGCUUUUCUCAUAAACCUGUAAAAACAGGAAUUGAUUGUGCUUUUUUGUGCUUUGAGCCGUUUUUGAAAAACAAAAUAUUCCGUUGUAUUUGAGUCAUGGUUCAGGAUAUCCUAAUUGUGUUGUACCUUUUAUAUUUUAGCCAUACACUCUGAAUUUCAGUAGGACAUAUUCAUUAUUAUGUUUGAGUGAAUGGUUGACUGGCACUUGGUAUAAGCACAUUCAGUUACAUGUGCAAUCACAAGUGUUUUAUGUACAUAUCCUAGAUUGACUGUUUUGGCUUUUAUGAAAGUGCACUGUGUUCUGGAGGAUUUCAAAUUAUGUAUAUGGGACAUUUGCUGUACAUUUCAAAAGAAAAUACUUUAUAUUGUUUUUAAUUAAAAUGAGAAGUGGCUGCAAGAAA